GCUCUAAUAAGCCGUGAUCCUGCUAGCUGACCUGACCAAAUUAACAAGCGGCGGCACAAAGAGAAGGCGAAUGAAUGUUGGACCGUUCCGUGUCGACCGGUGACGUGAUCUCUGACCGAAGCGUAGCAAGCAACGAUCUAGAAACACGGGCACAUGUAUGCAGAUCCAUCUGUCCACACCGCACACAGAGAGGGUACGUGCAGUCAUUUUCCAGCAAAGCAAGUCUCAUAAUUAACUAAACCGAGCUGUAAUUUCGUAGCAAAAAUUAAUCUUCUGGCGCUGGCUCGCGCUGACAGCCUGCAUGACGCUCGCUGAACCGGCCGCAAGCUAGCUUCCAACUCAACCGAAUUAUGCCGCUUGCUAAGCACUGCCGCCCACGUAUAGCUGUGCACCAGCCUCGCGCCUAGCUUGCAGCGAAAGCCUCGGUGACCACCUGAUAACCACGAGAUCAAUCUAGUGGUGUUCAUAAAGGCUAAAGCCCGCGUCACCAAGGCGUCCGGAACUAGAACCGUCUUCCUUUCAUCCUCACCGGAGAAGCAGCAGUAUUAGAUCGGCGAAGAAGAUCGAUGGGCGAGGCAAGCUCUGACGUGACCGCCGUGCGGGUGCUCGCCGUGUCCCGCGUCGCGCCGCGUGCCGCAGCCGGGGAGGACGCCGGGGGACGCGUGAAGGUGAAGCUGUCCUUCAUGGACUCGUUCUGGGUCAUGCUGCCGCCCAUCCAGCGCGUGUUCCUCUACGAGCUCCGGCAGGAAGACGAGUUCCCGGCGGUGGUCGAGCGGCUGAAGCGCGCGCUGGCGGACACGCUGGCGCACUACAUCCCUCUGGCCGGGAAGCUCGAGCACGAGGCGGACACCGGCGACGUGUGGGUGAACUACUACUCCUCCGACGCCGACGCCGGGGUGGCCUUCGUGGAAGCCGAGAGCGACGGCAUGGACGUGCGCCGGCUCGCCACCGACGAGUCCCACGACGUCCCGGCGUUCCAGAGCCUCGUGCCGGAGCUCGACGCCAGCGCGCUCCCGGCGCCGGUGCUGUCCGUCCAGGCCACCCGCCUCGGCGCCGGCACCGGCGUGGCCGUCGGCAUCUCCGUGCACCACGCGCUCGCCGACGGCAAGGCCGUGUGGCGGUUCAUGGAGGCCUGGGCUUCCGCCUCCCGCGAGGGGUCCCCGGUCACCGCCGCCCUCGGCGCGCCGCACUACAGCCGCGAGGACGCCAUCCCUCACCCCGAAGCCGACGAGCUCGCCCGCGGCCUGCUCAAGGCCGUCGCGCCGAACCUCCCCGUGGUGAACUCUGCCAAGUACGACUUCAGCCAGCGGUUCCUGCGCGAGCGCCGCACCUUCUUCCUCGACGCCGACGACAUAAAGUCCCUGAAGCAGCGCAUCGACGGCCUCGCAAUGUCAGGAGCCGAGGCCGGCGCGCCCAAGCCAAAGCCGGUGUCGACGUUCGUGGCGCUUGCGGCGCUGGGCUGGACGGCGUUCGUGCGGUCCAAGGGGCUCGGCGCCGGGGACGACACGUACCUGGCGUUCCUGGCCGACCUGCGGGCCCGGCUCGACCCGCCCGUCGCCGACGGCUACCUGGGAAACUGCGUGCGCGCGUGCAUGGCGAGCUGCCCCGACGCGGCGGAGCUCCUCGGCGAGGGCGGCAUCCUUCGGGCCGCGCGCGCCGUGCAGGCGGCCGUGAAGGCCAUGGAGGCGGCGCCGCUGGCCGGCACGGACAAGGGCGCGAUCAACGCCAUGAUGCGGCUGCCGUUCAAUCGGCUGGCCAACGUGGCGGCCAGCCCGCGGUUCAAGGCCUACGAGGCGUCCGAUUUCGGGUUCGGCAAGCCCGCGCGCGUGGAGCUCGUGUCCAUGAACCAUGAUGGGGAGAUGGUGCUCGUUGGCGGCAGGCGUGAUGGGGAGGUGCAGGUGUCCGUGUCCGUCGAUCCGGCGCAUAUGGACGCCUUCAAGGCCUGGGUCCUUGGCUGUAGCCGCUAGAGCCGAAGUUGUUGCGUUACUUUAGGCAACGAAAUAAACGAGCAUAGUAACCUUUGCUGCUGCAAUGCAUGCAUGCAUAAAAAUAGUAAAAAUAAAGUAUCUAGCGGCAAGCUAGAUCGAUCCAUACCAGAAAUUCAAAUAUGUUUUUUUUAUUUUGGGUACGAUCAUAUGACCGGGUUUCAUUA